AUGUCCUCCACCGUAAAGAGCAUCAAAAUCACCUAUAAUCCUAUCAAUGAGAAAAAUACGUUCACGAGUGGCGACUGGGUCACCGGCCAGGUAACGCUGGAGGUGACCAAAGAGUGCCAGAUAGACUCUCUGUUGGUCCAGUUCAAAGGGAAAGCUGAAGUCUUGUGGACGGAGAGACACGGUCAAGUUACUGUGGUGUACCACUCGAAGGAGAAGUACUUCAGCCUCAAACAUUACUACGUUCGAGACAAAGAUGUCAGAGGUAAGUCGACGAAUCUUCUGCUUCUUUUAUUUUGGGAACCAACGCACUAUCUCUGAAGUUGUAGUCGCCUCCUCAUGUUUGGAGCUGUUGUUUGCUAGAGUGUUUUCGAUAGCGAGGAGCAAAAAUCCUCCAAACCGAGUCCAGAUUCGGACAUUCCUGUGCAGGUCAAUGGGUUUGAGUUCGUUUAAGUUGAUCCUCAGUGUAUUCACGGGGAAACUUCAUAAAAGUGCGUCAACACAUUGUUGGACAGAGGAAUAGUACAUGUAUUAUCUAGCAGGGGCGUACUCAAGCUUUUUUUUGGUCAAAAUGAAAAGGGCACCACUGUGCAAGCGCCUCAUGUUGCAUUCUGUGGUCAACAGGUCUUGUUUGGGCCUGUCCGAAGAAUGGGCUUGUAAAAAUUGUAGGAAGACAAUGUAGGCAGUUGAAAACCUGAAAUGGAGAACAAAGAUAGACACACAAGCAUUGCAACUUGGUAAUAAUAAAUAAAAAGUAUGCAAGUAUAGUAAAAAGGGGGGUUCUCCCUAGGACAGUAUAUUUAAAGGCGUAAAUUUAUUUAGGGUCAAACACACCGCAACACAGAGUUAGACACCCCCUCAAGAGACGACUGUUGCCAACCGCUUGCUUAUCUAGAUAUACCAGCUUUUGUAACAACCGCAAGAUGGCGAUACACAACGGCCUGAGGAACCAUAAACAAUCCUCAACCAAAACGCCACUCUAUAGUCACAAAUAAUGCUCAGAAAAGCACCUAACUUCCUCAACAGUACAAAUAAGGUCCUAGCCACAACACUAGCCACCAAACAUCUUUUUGACUUUGCCUAAUUUCUAUAGCAAAGAGACUAAACGCAACUUACCCAGUCUCCUCCAGCAGCCGAAACCCCCAUUACUAAUGAUCAACCCCAUCGAUCAUUUGCACUGCAGACGUGGUAGUUCUUCUGCCUUUGCGUCUCGGUCUGAUUGCAUUUCCAUGAAGAAAUGAUCAUAAAUGUUCUUCCUUGAGCUGCGUCACCCGGCUGUAGUCUGUAAUGGACUGGCCCGAGGUCUUGCUACAAACAAGCAGCUGCUAGUAGUGCAUCAUAGGGGGGCGCAUCAUAACGCUAAAGUCUCACUCAUGUCAUUUUCUGAAACUUUGCAGUCCUGGGGUACCAUAUCAAAUUUUAUUAAAAAAGAUAUACAUAUUUCUAAUGAAAAACAUGUGCAACUGUUUUGAUUUGUAUUUUACUAAUUUAGCAAACAACUGCACAAAUAAUAGAGAUCAUUUGAGCAGUAAAAUACACUAUUGUUAAUGACACAGACAACCUUGUUUUAUGAGGUCUCAAAAAUACCAAGUUUUUUCAGUGGGUGUUAAGUUGACACGUUUUAAAUGGCCAGCCUUGUGUGUAGCAUAAACCUUUAGACAUGUCGCUUCAUGUCAGGUCUGUCUUUGUUACCAUUGAAUUCCAUUGAUGUUGUCAAGAUUCAAUGAGAUCUGAACUGUUGCAGUGUCCAAUCAGUGAGUGAUAUCUGAUACCAGGGUGUGCCUGUCAGUGACUUCCGCAAAGACUGGUCUUGUUUAUCCUUGGUCAUCACUCCUCCUCUUUCCCUCUGUUUUGAACUUCUUCAAAAUAAGGGCCAAGAGACGUUACUCAGCAUGGCGGGUCCAUGACUUCUCUUACUUAUUUUUAUGUUCCCUUCAGGAGAGGACAAUGAAAGCCUCAUUACAAAGCAGAAUGGAGAAACAUGUAAGUGCUGCGUCUCAUCUUGUGGUACACCUUUUGGAACAUUUCACGUGCAAUGCCACACAGAUAUCUGGUCAUGUUGGUUAACAGUUUUGCUGUUGAUUUAUAUUUGGUUUGUAGACAGCAGUGUUGUUGCUCCAGGAUGCCAUGUAUACCCAUUCUCCUUCCAGAUCCCUUGCCAGUAAGUCAUUUUUGAACAUCUCCACAAUGAGUCAGAGUUAACAGAUCCUUCUUCUCUGUGUAGAUCUUAAUUAAUCAGAUUUGUUGUUUAUUUUGUUCUCAUAUUUCUUUGUCACUCUGCACUUGUGCUUUAGGACCAUGCCUCACUCCUUCACCGGUUUGGUUGGGAAGAUUUACUACACACUAAAAACCAAGCUGGGCAGAUCAAUGAGAAUUGACCAGAAAGAUAAAGUCAAGAUCAACUAUGUGUCAAAUGCAGCCAUGAGCGCGGAGAUCGAUGUAAUGGUAUGUGUGCAGAGUUGUGUUGUCAUUCCUGUUGCUCUUAAAACAAAGCUGAAUGAGGCUUGACAGCUGUCGUGUCUGUUACGUGAGUGAAGGCUGGCCCACUUUUUUUUUUUUAGGACCUAUAAAUAUUUGCCUGAGCUAUACACAUGACCUCAAAUGCCUCCAGGACAAGUGUAUUUUAACAUCUAUCUGUUUUCAAAAACUGUAAGAACAUGUUUGGGCAGUAAAUGAGAUGGUAACAUCUUUGCUCUGAUUGUGUCCAAGGCUGUUGCAUUAAUCAGAUUUUCUUUCAGAUGCCGCAGCAUGAGUCCAAGGAUAAGAAAAUGAAAUUUUUCACAUCAGGAUCUGUUGCCAUGGAUGUUAGACUUGAGAAAUCGGGUUUCUACCAAGGUAAGGGCUGUUAAAGUUAUCUUUACAUAUCAAGUGUUGCACCAAGAGUCAUAUGCAUCUAUCUGUUCACUUUGCAGGAGAAGGAUUGAAAGUUAUAGCCUGCAUUGAGAACAACUCAUCUCGUGAGAUCAAACCCAAGUACUGUGUGUACAGAAAGCACAGUUUCUUUGCAAAUGGCCGCAGAAGACUCAGCACCAAAGAUCUCCUGAAAGAAGUGGGACAACCCAUCCCUCCUUCUACUAACGUGAAGGUAUCUCAAAUCAUCACCAUCCCCGAAGAUGCCGAGCCCUCCAUCCUCAACUGUGGUAUCAUCAAAGCAGAGUACAGACUCAGGGUGAGCAUGGCUUCCCUUCUUGGGAGUGUACUGUGCAACACUUAUCCAGGACUUAAUUUUUCAGGAGGAGGCCAAUCUAGAUAUCUUAAUCACACAGUCAUUAAUUAUUCAUCAAAUCGCAUCAGAUACAUUUGUAGUGCAUCUGUGGUAAGAUAGCACUCACUUCUGUCAACCAAGUUGUUUUUAUUUAUCUAGUCACAAAAGUGUACAAAUCUUCAGGCACUUUACACGAGGAACAGGUCUAGACUGUUCUCUUACUAUGUACUGUAAACAGGGAUCCAGUUGAGCAAGGAAUGGUCUUCCUCUGACCUGGUUGAAACUUUAAGCAAAAACAGACCUGUUGUAAGUAAGGGAGACACAUGUUUUUAUAACAUUUAAUGUUUGGUUUUUGUGGUUUUUGCACUUCACCAAAGGAGCUAGCUUCACUUUUGGUAUGUAUGUGACUGUAUUGAAACUCUGGCUCUAUACUGUACCUCAGUAAAUGUUUUUUUUUUGCAGGUGUAUCUGGAUGUCAAAUAUGCCUCAGAUCCAGAGAUCAAAUUCCCCAUUGUCAUCAUGCCGGCUGGUCAAGUUUCUGCUAAAGCACCACCACCUGCCGCCUCAGACUUUGGUUUCGAGCCAUUUGGAAACACCAAUCCACCACAAUGGGGCGGCGUACCACCGCAACCACCGACAGCGCCAUAUUCCCUGGACCCUCCACCUCCUUAUGGAGCACAUGCAAUGUACCCCCCUUUGACAGAUUCUGGUAAUUCAUAUCAGCGACUAAAUUAA